AUGACGGCCGCCAUCCUGCUGCGCUCGUGCGUUGAGACCCUCUUAGCCUUCGUGUUCUGGCCCGCAGUAACUCUGAUUAUGCUCCCAUUCCUUUAUGUUCCCGUCAUCGCGCCAUUCAUUGCGCUCGGCGUCUGCAGCUCCGACACUGCGUUCGGCGUGCCUCCCGCCCUCCUCGCCUGGCGAAGCCUUUCGUUUCUGAUUCCGAUGGUGCUCUUUAUUGACCUGCCGGUAGCCGUCUUAUUCGCAGCGACUUUACUGAUCGAGCUUCUAUUCCUCCGGAACCCCCUCAUCCUCGCCGUCUACAGCCUCUGCCGAAGCGCCUCAAGGUUUGCCAUCGACCGCCAGCCACCGCUCCCCGACACCGAGGCCGGCCAUCCGGCCGGCUUUGUCAGCUCGGCGUCGGCUCAGGCCGAGCAUCGCGAACAAUCCUCGCCAAACACCAACGACGGCGCCCGCUACCGCGAGCACGACUCCGUCUGGGCUGCCCUCGAGGGCGACGGCGACAAGGUCCAGCCGGGAGAUGUGAGGCUGGUCAGUCUGAACUGGCUCAUGGCGCUGGCAGAGCGGGGCGACGUGCUGCCGCGGCGGCAGAGCUUGCCAGAGGAGGCCUUCUUGAGCUCUGCUCAGCUGAGGCGGAUUGAGGAAGGCGCCAGGCGCGGCCUCGAUCGCGCUGGACUGGAGGAGGCCUUUGUGCGCCUCAGCAAGGAGCCCUCCCCCUCGUCCAUUCUCGGCUUGCUCGCGAGCUUUUUCGGCCGCAAGCGCAAUCCUGACGGGCUGCUCCCGAUCGUCUCCAUCUCCUAUUGCUGGCUCGAGGCGGCGCAUCCGGAUCGAGAGGGCCGCCAGCUCCAGCUGCUCUGCCGCAAGCUGCGGGGCCUCUACGGCGGGCGCGGCCUGCUCGGCGCGUGCCGCGCCUACGGCUUCUCGGACAUGGCGAGCUUCCUCCCCCGCCUUGCCCCCACCGCCGCUCCCUUCCUCGGCGCCACUCCCUUCCUCGCCCGCGCAGGGGGUGUUUCUGGACUGGACCUCUGGUACGCGCACGCCUCGAUCACGGUUGUGCUCCUCACGCAGCUGCCCGACGAGCUGCCCGCCGGCUUUGACCGGAGCCGGACCUACGAUACUCGCGGCUGGACGACAUUCGAGCGGUGCUCCGCAGAGCUGGGCGCAAAGCCUUCCUCGCCGGUACUUGCCAAGUGGAAGCUCGUCAUCGACGUCGCCAGCGACGACGGCGGCGCUCAGCGGCGGCUCCCGACGACUCCGAAGCGCAUGGCGACGCUGCUCGCCGCUUGCCGCUUCACCAACGGCGCGGACUCGGAGGCCGUGCUCGCGCUCUACGAAAAGACGGCGAAGGCCGUGCUGGGCACGGUCAAGAAGCUCGACUACUAUGGGCUGCCGCUCUUGCGUGGCGACGCGUGGACUAGCCCGGCGCUGCUGGCGGAGGCGCUAAACUAUUGCGAGAGCCUCCGGACCCUCGUUGUACUUGGGAAUCGCCUCGACGACGAGGGCAUGACGGAGCUUGCGGCGGGGCUCGAGGACGGCGCGCUCCCGGCGCUUAAGAACCUCUCCAUUGCGGUAAACCGCUACGGCGCGCGUGGUGUCGUCGCGCUCUGCGACGUGUUCCGUCGCGGUGUGGCGCCGACGCUGCAUUUGCUCAACGUCAGCUGGACGCCCAUCGGCGACAACGGAGCCGCGGCGCUAGCAACGACGCUCGCGAUGGGCAAGCCGUCGCGUUCGCUAGACGUGUGGGGCUGCGACGUGGGUGCCGAUGGCGCGAUGGCACUCGCGGCUGCCCUCCCGGCUGCGGGUCAGAGGUGUCAUGUGAACGCCCCAUUUAAUCGGAUGGGCCUCGCGGGCCAGGCGGCACUGCUGGAGGCGCUCGAGGCGAAGCACGGGCCGCAGCUGGGGCAUGGCUUUGCGGUGCUGCAGGUGACCUUGCUUCCCUGGUCGACCCCGCUCGUGCGCGCACUUGGUCGAGGGUUUCGCCGUGUGUUUGAGAGCGGCCGAAUGCGCGUGUAG